UUUGUGUGUCCGCCCGCAGACUGUCUCGCCUGGACGGGCUGGAGCACCUCACCAAGCUGGAGGUGCUGGACCUGCACGGCAACCAGCUCCACCACGUACAGGGCCUCGCGCACCUCAAGGAGUUGCGGUUGCUGAACCUGGCGGGCAACAUGCUGCGUCACGUGAAUGGGCUGCGAGGCCUCGACUGUCUGGUAGAGCUCAACUUGCGCCGCAACUUGAUCCGAACGGUGGCCGACCUGCACUACCUGCCGCGCCUCGAGAAGGUCUUCAUGGGCUACAACGAGAUCUACAGGUACGAAGACCUCGCCUGCCUCCAAAACUGCCUCAAGCUGCGAGAGCUGUCCCUGGAGGAGAACCCCAUCAGCCGCCAGCCCCACUACUUCCACCACACCGUCGCCAGGUUCUACAGACUCAAGAGGCUGGACGACCAAGAGUUGACGAUGGAGACGCGGCGGCAGUCGGAGAAGGUGCUGCAGAAGGCGAAGGAGAAGGAGCGCGCCCAGGCGACCCGCAUCAGCGACGAGGAGAAACGGAACUCCGCCAUCACCAACGCCAUGAAGAACUGGCAGGUGCUCAAGAGACAGCACCGAAAGCUCGUCCGAAAACCCAGCGAGAGUUCCAAUAGUGCUAGUGACCAGCCGCCCUCCAAGGACAGUGACGGCACCACCUCCAGUGGGUUCUGUGGAGACACCGUGUCCGAUGUUGGCGAGGAGGAAGAAGAGGAGGGGAAGAAGGAGAGCGCCGAGGAGAAAGAUGAGGCUGGAGAGGAGGCCAAGGCGGACGGCACAAAGGAGAACGAUAGUCAGAAGGGGAGUGCGGCGGAGGUGGUGGAAGAGCAGCAGCAGCAGGAGGAUGACCGAGCCUCCCUGGCCUCCUCCGCCACUUCCAGUGGCAUUUCUGACGUGAGUCUGGUUCACAGAGCCACGAAGCAGCGCCUGACCGAGGCGCCGCAGCAACCCGCCGUCCCAGAGGCUGAAAAGGCCAAGGAGGUUCAGAUUACCUCGGAAAGUGUUAAGAAAGUGACUAAAAAAGCCCCAGCUAAGUGUGUCGAUAAAACUAACCUACCGAGGAGCAAGUCCUACACGGACAUGAGGAUUUUAAGGAGAAAACCUUCAUUUGAGGAGGACAACUCGGGCAGGGUGAAGGUAGCUAGGACUCCAGAGGUGCAGCGGGGUGGGUGCGAGGCAUGGGGAGGGGCGGGGCGUGGUAAUGAAAAGAUCAGCCUGGAGGCGGCCCCGCGUGGUGCGUUGCCUGUGCAGAACGUGCCCGUGGCACGGCGGGGAGUGCGGCUGGGCAGCCCGCGGGCCGCCGAGAAGGUAGUGCCUCGAAUAAUUGCCAAUGAGAGCAGUAAACAAGGCCGUGGCAGCCCAAAGAACUUUGAACUGUUGAAGAAAAGUGAGGCGACGCGGGGUGCUGGCCAGCUGCCCGACAAGGUGGUGAGUGCCGCCAUCACGAGAGUCAGGUCUAAUCUCAGUCUUCCGGUCCAGAGCCCCGAGGUGCCUGUCUCCCCGAGGAACGCCAUCUCAGAACCGUCCGAAAUUGACUCGAGUUCGGAUGCUGAGUCUGCCGCCACCGCCACCACCACCAACACCGCCGGCACGCCCACCAGCUCCGUGGAGCCGCCGCCCCACCCCACCGCCUCCCGGGGUCCGCACAGCUUGGCAGACCUGCGGGUGCCCCUCACCAGGCCCAGGGAGCAGGAGCGACCUACCUCCGAGAAGGCUGACAAGGCCGUGCCAGCGGUGGGUCAGAGCAGCACGGGGAUCCUCCGCGAGCAGGGACCCAACUUCCUGGCGGAGCUGGAGGGCGAGCGUCUGAGUCUGUACGGGCAGGGCGCCCUCCGCUGCACUGACCUGGCCUGGGAGAAGUCUAUGGCGGCGGCGGCAACCACUGCGCGUUUCCAGUACAUCAACUUUGAUGACAUUGUCGACAUCUUCCCAAAACUACGGGUAAAGUUUCCUCGCUUGGAGAAUUUCAUCUUCGUGGAGACGCACUUAGCCAAGUGUAGCCAGCUCAACGCCCUCGCCGAGCUGCACCAGGUAACCUCCCUGGAAGUGGGUAAGGAGGGCAACCCGCUCACGCAGAUUCCUUACUGGCGUCUGUACGCGGUGUUCCGGCUCUCCCACUGGGGCCUGCGACUCAUCGACGGCGUUGAGGUGAGCGAGGAGGAGCGCACGGACGCGGCUGUCAUGUUCAGCCACUUGAGCCAGCUGGCCUUCACCUGCCUGCCGCGGGACCAGCUGGCCGCCUUCCUGUCCUCGCACCAUCACCACCACGGCCACCACCACGCCCACCCCGCCGGAGACCAUGACCCCGCCUCGCCGCCGCCAGGCGGCGGCGGGACGCAGGACACGGGGGGCGGCGCCGCGGGCAGGGAGGAGGACGAGGGCCCGCGCCUCAACCUGCCGCACCUGCAGGACCUUAUCGGGAAGGAGGCGUUGCAGUAUCGACCUGCCGCCCGCCUCACGCAGGAGGACAACGCGACACUGGUGAGUGCAGGAAGACAGGCACGUCAGCUUGCUGUGUGGACCUUCGACUCCCUGCACCGCCUGCACACCCAUCAUGCCACCUGGCCCUCUGUCCUCCAUGACUUGGUGCGUGAUGCCGUGACUGACCUAGCCAAACCCACCUACGGAAAGCAGUGCCUCGAGGAUGUCAAACGAACUCUGGGCUGGAAGAAGUAAAGCCAGUGGUGUGCGCUGUUUAGUUUUACUAACUUAUAAACUUUGUUCCCCUUGUGAUGGGGCAAAGCUACUGUGUUUUGUUACAUAAGCAUUUUUUAAAAUUUUUUUUAUUGAUGUUUAUGAAAGUUUAUUGUAUCUGUUGGAACAACAUGGGGUUGUGAGGGUUCUGGACUGAGUGCAGGGUGACUGAAUGUGUUAAAAUGUUGGUACAACAAUCAGUUAAAAAAUGA